AUAUAUAUUACAUAAAUACGAGAACGGAAUAUGCGUAAACCGGCAUCCGCUCACCAUUGACCAAUAAGAGAUCCGAGCGAGCCGAAGCCACUGGUCGUCGUGAGAGCUAACAAGGACUUGUCACCAUGGGUCUUCAUUUUGGAGGUUUGGCGAAGGUCCGCCACGUGAUCACAUACAGUCUGUCCCCCUUUGAACAGAGGGCUUUUCCUAACUAUUUCUCCAAGGGAAUCCCCAAUGUGUGGAGACGGUUCACAAGCAGCUUCUUCAGAGUAGCUCCCCCAAUGGUGUUGAUGUACCUGACCUACACCUGGGGUAACCAUGUCCAUCAAGAGGGCAAGAGAAAGAACCCCGCCGACUACGAGAAUGACGAAUAAAUCUGACGCUCCCACUCUUUACUGUUCAUUCCAGAUCUGUAUGUCGACCUAAUAAAGCCACAAAUAAUUAUAUGAAAAUGGA